CUGAGUAUCUCAUUCUAUUUUAUUGUAGGAAUUCUACAUUAUGUUGGUGAAGUCCACGGCAAGGAGGGGCUAUUUUGCGGCGUUGAGUUAGAGACACCGACGGGAAAGCACGACGGAACCUAUCAAGGUGAGACUAUCCUUUGUGUUGUCUACUUUGUAUGCCCACCGUAUCAUGGCAUUUUCGCUCCACUAUACCGGGUUGAACUCGACGAGAUCGACGAUGUUCCCAUGAUGACCGCAUCGCAGACGGCGAAAAACACGGAGGUAAGAACAUCGCUGUCUUAUUUUUAA